GUAGAAGAGGAGGGGAAUGGAGGAUGAGAAGAGGACAAAAAUGUCAGAGAAGUGAAGAAGAUGAGGAAGAACGCAAAUAGUGGAUGACUGGAGGAGGAGAUGAGAGGAACGGAGGAUGAAUGGAAGAGAGGAAGGGAGGAUAAGAAGCUGAGAGGAAGGGAGGAUGAGUACAGGCAGGAUGUGAUGUCGCAGCAGGUGCAUUUUGGGUUGAGCUGCCUUUCUCUAUCCUGCACUGGCCUUUAGCCAGCACACCGGUGUGUGUGUGUGUGUGUGUGUGUUUGUUAAUGCAAUUGUUGCUGUAAAAGAGCACUCAAGAGCUUGAAAGUGUGUGUGUGCAUGUGUGUUUGUGUGUGUGUGAUAUUUUUAGCUCCCCAUCCCUGUAUCCGUGUGUGUGUGUAAUCGAGUGUACACGCGUGUGUGUGUUUGGAUUAGUGUCACCAGUGUCUCGCUUGGGGGAAGGUAAUACGUUCGACCCUAAGAACCCGUCUCUCACUCUGUGUGUCUCUCUGUAACUCUCUCUGUUUAUUGUAUGUGUCUCUCUGUCAUUCUAUCUCUGCUGACUGUCUCUCUGUCACUUUCUCUGUCUCUCUUUCUUUCCAUCUCUUUCUCUCUCUCUGUCUCUCUCUAUAUGUCUCUGUCUGUCUUUCUGUCUUUCUGUCUAUCUUUCUGCCUCUCACUGUCUCUCUCUGUUGUCUGUCACUCUCUCUGUCUUUCUUUAUUCUCUUGUUCAAGUAGAUAAUACGAAACUGUGCACACAGGGUGAGUGAGGAAAAGAAAGAGACAGAGAGAGAUGGAAAGAGAAAGAAAAAAGAGUAACAGCAACAGAGAGAUGGAGAGGCAAAACGAGAUAAAGAGCUAUUCAAAUCGAGAAAGAAGGAGAGACGUAGGAGACACAGAGCGUGUGAGAAAAAAGCAAAAAAAGGAUAAAGAUAGACAAACAGAGCAUGGGUGAGACUAAGACUAAAUGAUUGACAUGAAGACAAGAGAAGAAAGGACAAAAAGUGAUAGAGAAAAUAAAGGGAUAGAGAGAUAAGAACAAAAGACAGAGAAGAAGAAAAAGAGGAGAGAGAUGUAAACAAAGGAUGAGAUAGGGCAAGAAACAGAGGGAGAGAGAGGGAGUAAAAGAUGAGAACAAAAGAAUGAGGAAUGAUGGGAGAAAGCGAGAUAAAAAUACAAAUCCCAGAGUGUUAGGGACAGAGAGAGAGAGGGAUAGAGAAAGCUACAGAAAGAAAGAGACAGAAAAAUAUAGAGAGAUAGAGGUCAGGGGGACAAAGAGAGAGAGAGAGCAAGUAAGAGAGAUGAGAGAGAUGAGAACGAACACUCACUCUUGCGCUUCUCUCAGUGAGCAUUCACACACACGUAAGACAUGCAUGCCUUCUCUCCUCCUUCCUUUCGUUCUCUUAUCCUGCAUCCAAUCCCUCGCUCUAGUCACUUAUCCUGCCUCAGCCUCCAUCCCUCAUUCCCUCUCUCUAUUUCUGUACCUGAUACAUUUUUACUAGAAAAUGCACUUUAAAGUUGCUUAAUGCAUGCAUGGAAAGACACACACGCGCACACACACACACACACACACACACACACACACACACACACCCACUAGCGUUGACUCUUGCACUCUGAGAGGCAGGAUGAGCUAAAGCGACUCACUAUGGGCAACUGUGUGAAAUCUCCGCAUAACCGCUUCAACAAGAAGGACCGGAGGCGGAGCUACAAAGCUGUGGCACGUGAUGAAGGCGGAGCCUCAAGCCACACCCUGGCAUCUCAAAACUCCACUUAUGUACACAAUGUGCUUGGUCCUGCAUGCAUCUUCCUACGCAAGGGAUUCGCUGAGAGCCGGCAGGCUGUACGACAGACAGCUGAGACCUGAAGAACUGGAUGAGCUCAGAGAAGCGUUUAAAGAGUUUGAUAAGGACAGAGACGGCCGUAUUAACUGUAAGGAUCUGGGGGUCUGCAUGAGGACCAUGGGUUACAUGCCUACAGAGAUGGAGCUGAUUGAACUAAGUCAGCAGGUCAACAUGAACAUGGGAGGUCACGUGGACUUUGAUGACUUUGUGGAGCUGAUGGGACCAAAACUGUUAGCAGAAACAGCCGAUAUGAUCGGAGUGAAGGAACUCAGAGAUGCUUUUAAAGAGUUUGACUCUAAUGGAGACGGUCAAAUCAGCACAUCUGAACUACGAGAGGCCAUGAAGAAACUGCUUGGACAACAGGUUAGACGCAAAGAGCUGGAGGACAUCCUGAAGGACAUUGAUCUUAAUGGUGAUGGACAUGUGGACUUUGAAGAGUUUGUGCGAAUGAUGUCACGCUGACAUGAAGGAAUGACAGAUCAGAGUUGAAAGACAUGAUGGAGGUAGAGAGGCACUCGGGAGGAGAUGAGAAGGGACUUUUGGAAUACAACCUCUGACCUCCGACCCUGCAAUGAAGCAUGAAAGCCCUUUACAUCUUUAUAAACACUACAGGCUGAUGAAACAAUGCUGCAAGAAAACAUUUUAUAUCCUGCUUUAACAGAAGCACAUCUUCCUGAUGAUAAUCAACAUAUCGCUGCAAUACUGUGACUUAAAAUUCUUACGCCAGGAAAAUCUGAGCAAGACACCUUGGGGAUUGGAUAUGCAAUAUUACUUCUUUGCGUUUAUGUGUAGAUUUUUAUUGCUGCGUGAGAGUGAGUGUGUGAAGCCCAUUUUUCAUGAGACACAGGAAAUGUGUCCUUUUAGCAUCAUUAAAUGUAGCUUUUUAUACCAGAAAAGCAGUGCAGCAGUGACAAGCAGGGGGUCACACAUGCUCAAACACAAUUACUCUAAUAUAUUAAAACAAUAUUCUACAUGGAAUGUAUUUAUCCAUAUAAACCAUAACAUACACUCACCUUCCACUUUAUUAGGAAUGCACGUACACCUGCUUAUUCAUGCAAUUAUCCAAUCAGCCAAUCAUGUGGCAGCAGCACAAUGCAUCAAAUCAUGCAGAUACAUAACUGGACAGUUGAAGAUUGGAAAAACGUCACCUGGUCUUUUUCAAUUCAUCAACUGUCCAGGUUUAGUGAGGCUGUGCCAACUGUAGCCUCCUGUUCUUGGCUAACAGGAGUGGAACCUGUCAUGGUCUUCUGCUGGUGGAGCCCAUCUGCCUCAACUUUCAACAUGUUGAACAUUUCGAGAUAGGUUUCUGCUCACCAUAGUUGUAAAGAGUGGUUACCAUAGACUUCUUGUAAGGUCAAACUAUUCUGGUAAUUCUCUUCUGAUCUCUCUCAUCAACUAUCAUAACUGCUGCUCACUGAUUUUUUUUUGUUUUUCACUUUGUGUAAACUCUGGAGACUGAUGUGUGUGAAAAUCUCAGAAGAUCAGCGGUUUCUGAAACAGCCCAUCUGGCACCAGCAACUAUUGCCACAGUUAAAGUCACAGAAAUCACACCUUUUUCCCCAUUCUGAUGUUUGAUGCGAAACUGAACUGUUAACUGAACCUCUUGACCUGUAUCUGCAUGAUUUUAUGCAUUGUGCCGCUGCCACAUGAUUGGCUGAGAGGACGAUUGCGUGAAUGUUCAGGUGUACAUGUGCUGAUGAUUGCAUGUAAAAUAUAUGAAAAGGCUGGUCACUAUGAUCCUAUAUAUGAAUAGCAGCAAUAAUUAGCGAAUUUGUAUAUUGUAAAAUAUACAUAUUAUACAAUAUAUUUUAAAUGUAAAUACAAUUUAAAGCAUAUCCAUGACAUGUUGCUUCAGCUGUAAAAUGAGCUGUAGUCUGUGUUUCUCUGUAUACUCUUAAAAAUCAAGGUGAUGCAAUCGAUGCAAUAGAAGAACCAUUUUUUGGUUUCCUUAAGUGAGGUUAUUAAACGUUUUACAAUCUGAGACCCAAUUAACUUUAUAAAUAUUACAUAAUACAUAUUAAUUUUAUAAUCCAAUUAUCCAUAAUCCAAUUAUUCAAAUAUUAGGCUCGUUAUUUAAAUGUGCAAAGUACUAUUUGGCUAUUUAUUGGGAGUCAUGGAGCUAUAUUUAAACUUCACUGACAGAACACAUUAGAACUCAUUCAAUUCAAGCAACUAGUCAAAUCAGCUAAUAACUAUAAGAACACAAUAAUAAAUAUAACUUUAAUAAUGGUGCGUUGUGAUUUGCAUCACUGUAUCAGAAAUAAAAGAAUCACAGCUAUGCUUCCUGACCCUACUUUUAGAGCCAUGGUCCUGAAGAAGCUUUUGAUGAAUGGAUUAUGGUUAUUCAGGAAAUGGUUCUUCAGUUUAUUUAUUUUGUUUACAAAAUAAAAGGGUCUCCAGCAAACCUAAAAUGAUUCUUUAAGGGAACAACAAUAGUCCUUCUAUGGCAUCGCUCUAAAGACCAUUUUCUAGCACCUUGAUUUUUAAGAGUGUAAUGUGUAAUAGUAGCCUCUUAGCUGGUUAACAUGGAUAUCUAGUAUAUUCAUUUGUAUAUUAGUGAUGUUGUAGAGUGGUAAACUGCUGGAAAUAUCUUCAUUACCGAUCCAUUCUGUCAUAGCGUCGUCUGAUAAAACGUUGCACUACGUCAAAUGUUGAGCCAUUUGGGAUUCAAGUUACUAGAAAAAUGUCACGUACAUCCUAUGUACUGCAUUAUAAAUAUGCAGCCAUUCACUAUAUACUUUACCAUUACUAGAGAGUGUAUAAAAUAAUGGCACUAUUAGUUCAACAGGGAGCCCUACCGCCCUAUGGGCAGUACAUAGGAUAUAAUAUAGUUACUUCUAUGCAUUAGUUCAUUGUGUGUGCAAUCAGCAGGUAUUUGGGAUACCGUUUCCUGAUACAAAGUGCACCACAUAGGGUAUGAACUUGAAAUAAUGAAAUAAAUAAAUGUAGUAUACAUCCAAUAUGCAGAAAUUUGUGAUUCAGUUCUCUAAUGCACUACAUAGAGAAUGAAAUAAUAGCACAUACGCUCUAUUUAGAGCAUUAUAAGCCCACCACAUAGGGGAUUUUUAAUGACUUCCACACCCUAUGUAGUGCACUACACCCAACAGGGAGCCAUUUGCUUUUGAUUCAGCUCUGUAAUAAAUAUACAAGCACACUACAUCGAGGAUAAAAAUAAUAGCACUCCCUACAGUGCACUAUACAUAAAAUUUGAUACAAUUUUCAUAUUAGGAAGAUCAAAAGUACAUUUAUUUUUAUGUUGUAAAGACAAGACAUUAUCACUAUCUUGUCUGUGUUCAUCUCUUGCAUGAUUAUAAUGUUGACCUAGAUGUGUAGUUGGAGUCAUGUGUGCAUUCAGAUCUUUAUUGUGAGCGUCGACAUCUGUUCAAAAUAUAAAAAGACAUCUCAAAAAACUCAAUGUGUGUGAGAAAGAAGGAGAAGAGAGUGUGAAUUCUGUAUGUCCUCCUUCAAAGUGUCUUAAUUUUGUUCAGGUUUGUUUUAAAUGUUUGAUUCUAUGCAUGCAGAGUGGCAGAGUGUAAAUUUUUAUUAAAGCCUUGUGUUAUUAAAUGUUUUC